AUGAUCACGACAGUGGUGAAGAGUCGGAUGGUGGCGAAACGGCAAGGUUUCUUCGUUGGCGGCUCCGAGCACAGUGGACAGCAAGUGCUAGGCCCCGAGAGACCUGGACGUGCUAGCAUAGCUGAACGUGUCUUUGAUGCAGCCAGACAACAUGGAGCUGAGGCACUCAAUUCAAGUGACCUUUCGCCGAGGCCUCGGCAUGGUCGUACUGGAGGUGGUGGAGUACGCUUAGGAGAGUACCCUGUGGAUGAUGGCAGUAGCGGAGAAAGUGACACUGGCGAGCAUGAGGAGGUUGUUGUUGAGCUGUUCAUGUGGGAAAAUGGUUUCUCCAUUGAUGACGGACCAUUACGCUCUUUCGAAGAUCCAGAGAGUCAACAGUUCCUUCAGAGCAUAAUGCAGGGCCGUGUACCAGCAGAACUGCUGGCAGCUCAUCCUCGCCGACGUAUCGACUUGCGUAUGCAAAAACGCACAGGACCCUACGAGCCCCCGAAGUUGAAGCCAUUCCAGGGAGCAGGAGCACGUCUUGGAGCCGUAGUACCGCAAAUUGUGUCGUCCGCACCAGCACCAUCUUCUUCUGCGAGCGCAGAUUCUGUGGACAACAUUGCGAAAGCACAAGCGGAAUUGAAUGUAGAUGAGAAUUCUCCUGUUACUCAGGUGCAAAUUCGUCUCCCAAACGGGCAACGUGUUAGCGGGAAAUUCAAUCAGGCGCAUACAGUUGGGGCGAUUAGAAACUUCCUGGUCACUGCCUAUCCAGACAUGGCUGCUACAGCUUUUCAACUUAUGACAACGUUUCCGAAUAGGAUGGGCCUGAAAGAAUAUUUGGGUAUUGAGAAGUUACAGAAGCUUGGAAGAAUAAUUAAACAGAUGGGAGGAGUUCGUGCUGCUCUAAAGAAACGAUAUCUAAUGGAUGUGACGCGAGUAGGUACUCUAGUCGGAGAAGACAAGUUCGGCAAUAAAUAUUACGAAGACAAUUCGUAUUUCAUGCCUCGCAAUAGAUGGGUUGAAUACCCGGAAAAGGUAUGGCUCGAUUACGAUGCAUCACAAGUUCCUCCAGAGUGGCAUCGCUGGCUUCAUCACAUAGGCGAUGACACGCCCACUCAGAACCCUCCAAAAAACGAGAGAUGGGUGAUGCAACAUGAAGAAAACCUGUCCAUUUUCCAAGACAAGAAGUACGUCCCCUACUCGACAACUCGUACGAAAAUUCAAGCAUGGCAGCCGGGACAGAAGAAGCAAGAGUAG